AUGGCCGUGGCCAGGGGUCCCGUGGGACGGCACUUCAGAGUAGAGUUCUCCGGGCAUCCCCAUGAGAGGAAAGGGUCGAGAUUCAUUACAGAGAUCAGGGCGGGUCUUGCUACCUUCUUUGCAAUGGCAUACAUCAUCUCCGUCAACGCUUCCAUAGUUGCUGGCAAGUCUGGAGGAACUUGUGUUUGCAUGCCCAGCGAGGACUAUCCUACUGAUAACCACUGUAACAAUAUCGACAACCCAUCGACCCCUGCUUACAAUAGUUGUAAACAAGAGAUUAAUCGGGACAUGGUGACGGCUACAGCAGCAAUUUCGUCCUUGACCAGCUUCUGUAUGGGAUUCUUCGCAAACAUGCCUAUCGCUCUGGCCCCUGGAAUGGGACUGAAUGCCUAUUUCACCUACCAAGUUGUUGGUCCCAAUGGAUCGGGCGUCAUCCCUUAUCGAUUAGCUCUGACUGCUGUUUUUGUGGAAGGCCUCAUCUUUGUCCUUCUGUCGGUAUUCGGACUCAGACAAUGGCUGGCCCGGACGAUUCCACGAAGUUUGAAGAUUGCGAGUGGUGCUGGGAUCGGGCUAUACAUCGCUCUCAUCGGCUUGACCUACGGUUCUGGGAUCGGCGCUAUUACCGGUGGAGCCAGUACCAGUGAGCCUAUAUCUCUGGCUGGAUGUGUCCCCGAACUCCUGGACAGCGAGACCGGAGUUUGUACAGGCCAUAAGAUGCGCAACCCUACAUUGUGGGUUAGUAUCUUCUGCGGGGGAAUCUUCACCGCAUUCUUGAUGAUGUACAGGGUAAAAGGAGCUAUCAUCGCUGGUAUCCUGCUCGUGUCCAUCAUCUCAUGGCCUCGCGGUACCCCGGUCACAUUCUUCCCAGAUACCCCAAAUGGCGAUUCUUCUUUUGAGUUCUUCAAGAAGGUUGUUACGUUCCACCCUAUCAAACAUGUUUUAGUCGCCCAAGACUGGAACAUUGGUGGACCACACACAGGCCAGUUCUUCAUCGCUCUCGCUACCUUUCUAUAUGUCGAUGUCUUGGACUGUACCGGAACACUCUACUCUAUGGCACGGUUCUGCGGGGCCAUGGACGAAGAUACUCAGGACUUCGAAGGCAGUGCCGUCGCUUACCUCAUCGACGCCAUUGGUAUUAGCAUAGGAUCUCUUCUCGGAUGUCCUCCGGUGACAGCCUUCAUCGAAUCUGGAGCCGGUAUAUCAGAAGGUGGCACAACAGGUAUCACCGCCUGUACGACCGGCCUAUGCUUUUUUGUAUCCCUAUUCUUCGCUCCUAUAUUCGCCAGUAUUCCACCUUGGGCAACAGGAUGUACGCUUAUACUUGUCGGCGCAAUGAUGGCCCGCGCCUGUACUGAUAUCAACUGGCGCUAUAUCGGUGACUCUAUCCCGGCGUUUUUAACAAUAGCGCUGAUGCCUUUCACAUAUUCCAUCGCCUACGGUCUCAUUGUUGGCAUAGUCACCUACACAAUUUUGAACACAGGCGCUUGGCUCAUUGCGCAGGCCUCAUGCGGCCGUAUCAUCCCCCACGAUCACGAACACAAGGACUACUGGACUUACAAAGUACGUGGUGGACUCCUACCAGGAUGGAUGAGGCGAGUGGCGAGGGGGAAGAAGGAUUUUUGGCGUGAUUGGGAUUUCGACACUGAGGAGUUGACGGGCGCAGACUCAUAUGUGAUGGCUAGGAAAGUAGAUAGAGACAGUGGCGGAAGUGCGAUGACGGUGCAAGUUGGACCAUCGGAUCAGCCGGUGCCGGUAUCGGUGGCUGGCAUUAUCACAGGGCUUACAGGGGAUCUGAGUUGGGAGCAGCCGAGAGCUGGGUAUUCAAUGCCAAUGGCGGUAGGGAGUAAUGCUGAUUUGAGGGCCCAGGCCGGAUCACCUUUGAGAAGGUGA